AUGGACAAAGAGACUCUUCGAGAAAUUAAAGAGAUCAGUAAAGAGCUAAGAAAAGAGGAUAAGUCUUUAAAGAAUCGGUUGCAGAGUAUAAUAUUCGAUAACAAUUUUCUGAAAGAACAAGUGUUCCCCACUUUCCAAUACCCAGUGGUGCCAAAUGAAAGAUGUGGAUUGUGGUACUGCGACCCUAAAAUAUAUGAUACAACAAGUUACUUCAAAUCCACAGAUGGUCACAUGAAUCAAUGGGAUUUUAGCACAAGAAGGUUGAACUUCCAUCUUUUGCCUCUCUUGGGUGAAAAUGGAGGUUUAGUAAUUUUAGAUAGCACAAGGCGUGGUAAAAAGAUUCCAGACGCUUUAUCAAAGACAGUACCUAUAUGGUGUGCUGUUUUAAAUUAUUUAAUGCUAGAAGCUGAUGGCAAGCAAUGGCCGUUUGAGGAAGAAAUAUUGUUUGUGCCUCCAAGCACAGUUCCAGAGUCUGAGUUUGACAGAAUGUUUGCCAAAUUGCCUGAGUUAGUACAAAAACUGAAGAAGCUCGACAUAAUCGAUGUCAAAAAAUUGAGAAAAAGUUUACAGAUCGAAGAGGGUCAUGACAAACUUCUUCGACCAAUUUGGGUUUAUCCGGGUUCAUCGUUGUUGCAAUUGAAGCAUGAUCUUUUCUCAGGAGAAGUUAUUGAGAAUACACAUUGGGAGCCACCAAGUAAUAUAAUUCCUGUGAUUUUAUGCACUGUCAGUUACCAAUGCCAGGACGGUACGGAUAAAAGAUAUGGCUUCACAUAUGUUCAAGGUGCUGCAGAUGACCAUGAACUAUGGGCAGAAAAUCUCACUCCACAACUGUUUUGGGAAAAUAUAGAUGAGCUUGGUGAUAUUUCCAAGUCUGACGCCGAGCUUAAAGACAGUUAUAACGCAGUGAUACUUAGAGCAAAGGUACAAAAUAGCCUUGACAUAUCUGGAGAUAUUAGCAAAAUGCUUGAAAUAGACACUAUCACAGCCCGUUUACACUUAGGUAAAAUUACAUCCCAGUUUCGCAUAACCCCAAAGACAGUCAAAUACUUGAACCAAAAAUAUUCUGCAGUGGUAUUAUGUCACGAAGCUAUAUCUGUUACUGAAAUAACCGAACUACCACGCUCAAUCCAUAUUUUCCCAUUACCCAGCGGAUCGAAGAAAAGUUCAAGAGAGUUACGAAGCCAUCUCAUUAAGAUAAAUGCCCUUAUUGAGGAACAACUUUCACGCCCAGAUACAGCAGCUAAUUUACCAAUUCUAAUAGCAUGUGACUCAGGGAAAGAUAUUUCAGUAUCAAUUCUACUGGUUGCACUUUGUAAAUACUAUAACCUAGACUGGGAACUACAGCCUCAGGAUAGUGUUAAUAAGACUAUCAUCAAAAAACAUCUAGCCAAGAUUAUAGAGUCUCUACAAGGGAGGAAUGUUAACCCAUCAAGAGCAAGUCUUAACAGUGUAAAUUCUUUUCUAAUGUAG